AUGCUUGUUGCUAACAGUUAUUAUGGAUUACCUAGUAUAAAUGUAGGAGGGGAUGUAAUAUUCUGGACCAAAGAUAUAGAUGCAUCAGCUCAACUUAAUACCAAUGACAUCAGUGGUUCGGACCAAUCUAAUGCUGAUGGAUCAGCUCAACCUGAUAUUGAUCGAUCAAUUCAAUCUGAUAAAGAAACACAAUUCCUUGAAGAGGCUUCAUUACGCAAUUCCAAUACCUCACUUUUUUAUUUGUCCCACACCAUUUUAAAUUACAUAAUAAGAUGGAGAAAGAAUGGUCCCGAAUGUGAUAAUCCUCUCAGAGAUCCAGAUGUUAAUAUUUCUGAUAUUUUACAGAAAUGCCAAAGCUUUAAAGAUCCACCACUGUAUAACAAUAAUCCAUAUACCGUUUAUUCUGAUAAUUUUAUCAAAGCAUUCUUACUCCCUAAAUUAAUCCAAGAAGCAAAAGGAGGCACAUCAAUUUUAGAUCUUUCAGAAUCGGAAUACAAUUCAUCUGAACAAGGAUAUGAUUCUGAUUCUGUUGAAUUAGAUAUUAAAGAUUCAGAUAGUUUUGAACCAUAUGUAUUUCAUUUGGGAUCUAGUGGAUCUAAUUCACCAGGAUCUCCUCAAGGAUCUGAUACACUCUCAGAUGAUUGGUAA